GGUGGGGGCGUGAGCGAGCGUGAACUGACAAGCGCGAUGCAGGAGCGCGACUUUUACUUCGCGCAGCACAUGGCGCUCACCAAGCAGCUGGCUCAGGUGGCCGCUACAGCUGGUGCCGACGCUCCUAGGAACACUCGAGAGGAGUUCGAGACGCUGCUGGUGGAGAAGCGCGCCGCCGUGGUGGAGAGGGCCGAGCUCGAGGCGCGGGCGCGCGCUCUGUCCGAGGAGCUGCAGCAGAUGUCGGAGGGCCGACGAGACGCGGAGAAGAAGAAUAGUCAACUUCAGGCCGCCCUGCAGAAACUGCAGACGGCGGCGCUGCAGCAGCUCCCCCCGUCAUCACAGGAGUUCAUCGCUGAGGUCCGCAAGAGUCGCGACGCUGCCCUCGCUGACCUUGACCUCGUCAAGCGUGACCGUGACCUCCUGCGUGCUGACCUCAAGAAAAUAUCAACGCAAACUGCUCGGGAAGGCGCCUCUGCAAACGAGCUGCAGCGCGCUCUGCAGCAGAAGGUGCAGCAGAGCAGCAGGAUAGUGUCAGAGCAGCAGCAGCGUCUGCAGGCACAGACCGACGUGCUCACGGGUCUGCAGGGGCAGCUGCAGAAGCUGCAGGACCAGCUGCAGGCUGUCAAUAAGCAGCUUAGAGAAUCAAACGCCAUCAACAAUCAACUUAGAUCUCAGCUAAGCAGCAAUGCAAACGAGCUGAGCGAGCAGAUCAGUGAGCUGGAAAGACGCAACAGGAAUUUGUCAGCUUCUGACAACCGCAUACGUCAGCUCACUGACGAGUGCUCUGAGCUGACGGCUGACGCUGAGCGGCUGAGACGUGAGCUGCUCAAGCUGAAGAGCGUGCACGCUGAACUCGAGGAAGAGCAUCGGCGCUGCCUGGAUGAGCUGACAACGAAGAAAGAGAUUGUGUCAGCUCAAGCAGGGCAGCUACAGCAACGAGCUGAAACCAUCAGCUCUCUGCAAGCUGAUAUUGUCAGACUUGAGGCACAGAUAACGUCGAGUACAUCUGCGCUCACUGCGGAGCAGGCGACGCUCACGGCCGAGAAGCAGCGAUUGUCUGAACUACGAGUCAUGCUGGAGGAUGCUGAGGGACAGAGGGAUGCUGCCCUCAAGGAGAUACGGCGGCUGCAGGGCGAGCUGUCGUCUGCUCAGCAGGACGCGCUGCAGAGCGCGUCGGAGCGCGACGUCUUCAAGAUGCGCACGCAGGAAUAUUGCGCCACGCUCGAGCGCCUGGGCGAGGCGCUGGCUGCCAAGGCAUCUGAGGAGUCAGCCCUGCGUCAGCAGUACCUGAGUCUGAACGACACCGUAGAGACGCUGAGGACCCACAGCCAGUCACUGGAGGGCGACGUGGCUGUCAAGGACCAGAAGCUGGGGCACCUCGAGGCCCUCAUACAAGAGAGCAAGAGGGAGAGAGAACAUAUGCUGCAGCAGGUUGCAGAGGCGACCGACCAAGUGGCCGAGUUCGACGCUCGCUGCAAGACGCUCGAGGAAGCCAAGUACGAGAGCGACCGAGAGCUCAUCAGCACUCGAGAGCUCGCGCAGAGGCUCGACGGCAAGAGAGCUGAACUCGAAGCUGAGCUCGCCAGAACUCAAGACGCGCUCGAGAAGCUGGGCCGGGAGAAGAAGCGACUCCAGGGCGACGUGGAGCGAUUGGAGGCGGCGGUGACAGAGCAGAGAUCGGAGCAGGCAAAGCUGGAGUCCGCGCUGUCGGAGCACCGGAAACUGGAGUGGAGCAACGCGGCGGAGGCUAAGCAAAUCUCCGUGGAGAAGCAGCAGCUCAGCCGCAAGCUGGCAGAGACGCAGGCAGAGCUGGAGGCCGAGGCGUCAGAGUGUCGGAGGCUACGAGCGCACGCGGCGCUGACGGAGGCAGAAGUGGAGCGUCUCAAGCGAGACCUCACGCACGAGCAGUACGAGCGAGAGCGCGCCGGACAGGAGCUCAGGAGGCUGAGAUCUCUUCAGUUGCUGAGCCUGUGAGACAAGCUGGAAUAUUCGUAAACAGAAAUGUGACUGGAAUUCUACGUUUAUUGAGAGUCGUGUUGAAGAAGUUAGGGAAUACGUUGACUAGGUUGAUUUCAACCCAGUUCAACCCUACGAAUGCGCACAAUUUUACCACGACCAUUACCAUUUACUGCCAUUGAGCAUUUACAAUAGUGCCGGCAGUCAACGUACAAAUUUUAUUUAAAGGGACUUUAACUUAAUCAAUUGCAUGUAGUGUUACGAUGGUAGAUGUAGUUCGAUAUGUAGCGUUAAUGAAAACUGAGAUUUAGAAUGAAUUAUAUGAUCGAAGUGAAAUACGUUGUACAAGAUGUUGACACGUUGACUACGAAGUGGUACAUAUGCAUACCACGAAAUGUAUUUCUC